AGCGGUUACCCGAUGUCAGCAAUAUAAUCUUCGCCCUCUCUCUCUCUCUCUCUCUCGCGUAAAGUUCUAGGGUUUCGAAUUGAAUCGAUCCUUUGAUUUCGAUCGAGAUUCAAAUGGGAAGGAAGAGGAAAUCAGAGGCAUCGAGGCUCGACGAGAUCGAUCGAAGCAUGCAUUCGACCUUCUGCAGCGCUGCGAACUCCCUCUCGCAGCUCUACACGCAGGCCAUGAACCAGCAGAAGAUCUCUUUUCAGGCCGGAGAGCGCCAUGGAUUGGAAAAAGUAUACCAAUGGAUAUUGAGACAGCAUGAGGCAGGGUCAAGGGUGGCAGCCGCUGAUAUUGUCAAUCACAUUCAGAAUGAGUUAGAUUACGUGGUAGAAGAUCCACCAAUAUCGCCAAGGCUGCAGUUUCCGCACCAAAACACCGGAAUGCAAACCUCUUCUGGUAUCUUUGGGCAAACAUCAGUAGGACUUGCCCCUCGGCCUUCUUACUCUGAUCAGGCAAAGAACUCGGUUUUCACAAAUGCACUCUCCAGCCCAGUUCGCCGUAGCCUUCAACACUAUCAUUUAUCACAAGGAGGGGGGUCUUCACAAAAUGGCGCCAGGAAUCAUGAUGGUGUAAGCCGGGAGUCUAAUUCUCUGAGCAACAAUGACUCGUCCAUGGAUAUGCACUCUGAUAGCCCUACUCAUGAAUCUUAUUAGGGAAUCUGGCUGUUUUAUAAACAGUUAUCAUUUGAAACUGCGGUGCAGUAUUCAAAUGAGGAGCUCGAGUAUCCCAGCUGAGACUAUACAGUGAAAUCAGAUUGCAAGAGGAAAGGAUAGCUCUGUUAAGAGUGCAUGAAGGUAUUUGGUGUUCUAGUCUUUAUUUUCUUACUGUUUUUUUAAUGGGUGUUUUAAUGGCAUAUUGUCUAUUUGCACCGUUCUUGUUAAUGGCUUGUAAACUAAAGAAGCUGAGUCUGUGAAUGUUAUAUCUCUCCCGGUGUAGUGUAUACUGAAGUGUUCUGAAUAUCCAUUAUGAUAGUCAAUAUAAGCAAAAUGCUCUUUUAAGUU